AUGUUUGAAUAUGUCGCUAUCUGCAUGUGUGUUUCAGACAGACUACUACUUCGAGUACACAGAGUGUGACAGCACAGGCUCCAGAUGGAGAGUUGCCAUUCCUCACAGACAGGGAAGCUGCUCAGGCCUUCCAGAGCCUGUCAGAGGCACAGACUGCACUUUUUCUUGUGAAGCUGGGAAGUUUUUAGAGAUGUCAUCCCAGCAGUGCACAUCAUGUGCGGCUGGCUCUUAUUCGCUGGGUAGCGGCGUGCGUUUUGACCAGUGGGACUCCAUUCCUGCGGGAUUCAGCAAUUUGGCCACAUACAUGGACUCAGGAGGUUCAGGAGACGACUCAAUGACCUGCAACAAUUCUUCAUGGACACCUCAGGGAAGUCACUUGGAAUCCAAUCGUGACGACUGCACAGUGUCACUGGUGUAUGCAGUGCAUCUCAUGAAGCAGGGCUCCGUCUCCUUUGACUAUCAAUAUGUCGACAGCAACGUCUUCUUCGAGUUCUUU